AUGCGAGAAUCCAACUUUAGUUUUCCAACACAAAACAAGGCUUGCGUUUGCAUUACUUCUCAACUCUAUGACAGGCGAGCGCUCGAUACCACCUCCCCUCUCCCUCUAUUCAACUCUCUAACGCAUCUCGCCUAUCUCACCUCGACCUCCCCACGUAUUCGUGAAAUAAUGACCAUGGACGGCGGUCUUGAACGCCUUGUUCGACUUCUGCACGAUUUCUGCUUAUCGCCUCCUCCGCCUGAAAAUCCCUCCCUCUUCUAUGGUCUCGCACCUCCUACCGCACGCCCACUUAAACCUGCACCUCAGUUGAAUCCACCUACCUGGGAUAAACAUGCAACCUAUCGCUUCUCCUUAGCUUUUCAGUGUGUGGUGAACAUUGGUGUGCGAGGGAGUGAGCCAAUCAGGAGCCGAGUGGUACAGGCUGGGACUUUGGAGGUUGUUGGGUGCAUUCUGGAGGCUUGGUUGGAUAGCAGGGGGUUUGGAGGAGCAGCCCCUGUCGGAACAGUACGGGAAACAAGAGAGCAAAGACAUGCUAGGAGGAUGCAGAAGCAACAGCAGGACGAGGCUGUCGAGCUGGCGAGGGCAUUACAGAGACAGAUGAGUCAUACUGAAUCGACGUCCAUCACAAGCGAAACCACCACGAUUACUAGGGACCGUAGCGGAACUGUAGUUGCACGGUCCGUUUGGGAGAACACUUCAUCCAAUUCGCACAACAGACACAAUCGUAACGAAACUGCUACAUAUGCUUCAAGUUCAGUGUCUAUCAAUACACACUCUGCACUUCCAUCUCCGUCCCUAUCAACUGGUUCAAACAGCCGUCCUGAUACAUCCGAUGACGAUGGAUACAGCUCGCAUGAUAUCGCAGAAGCUGACGGGGAUAUGGAUGGGGAUAUCGACAUGUCCUCGGCCAGUGCUUCUGCCAAUGCCAGUGACAACGAUGGGCCAAGUGCGAGUCCCUCUCCUGAACGACGUCCUCGCCGCGCUACGCAUACUCAUCGCCCUUCAAGAAUCGUCAGCAUCGUAGCUGAUCCUCCAGCUCCUAACAUCAAUGGUGGUGACAAUGCUCAUAUUGUCGUUUCCGAUGAUAUGACAAUGGGUAUGGACGGUGUUGCUGUUGGCGUUGGCGUUGGCAGUGUUGGAGAAGACGGGAUGGUGUCUCUAGAUGCAAACGACGACCUAGCAAUGGGCGCCCCGCCCGGAGCCCCAGGAGCCAUUACAAGUAAUCCGGACAUCAGCUUAGGCUUAGAUGAGGGAAGCUACAGUGCAAGCGAAACGGAAAGAGAGGAUUCUACAUCUUCCGCUAUCCAAGCGAGUCCCACACCGUCUAUUCGACCAAUCACACUAUCUGAACGAUCACGUUCUGAGGAAGCAAUUACAACCGAUGGAAUGCUCAGCCCACCGCGACCAGGAGAAGUCCCCCCAGAUGUAACCCCUCGUGCAGGCGUCGUUGGUUUACCGACCCCAAUAAUGAAUGCGUCCUCAUCAUCCACUGUCAUCCCUGAACACACAAACUCAAGUAACGCAAUAUCAAGGAGCGGUACUCUUCGCGGACGACCGAUGGAUGAUCUCCUCGACCGUCAGCCUUCAUCCUCCAGAAGGGGUCGAGGUGACACAAUCGUACCUAAUCCCACCACCCUCUUCACUGAUCUGAACAGGGCCGCAGUAGCAAAUGAAAUCAUUCGUCCGCCUGCUCCUGCUCCACCAUUCUCUGGCCGUCCUUCAUCGAGUCAUCAUCACAUUUCACACACUCAUCCUAUUUCGCCAUAUAGAGACGAAGACGUGUUAUUAGGAUUGCAGUUACUUGCAUAUCUCAGCAAGUAUCCUCAUGUACGACAAGCAUUCUACAAGAAGCGUGACUGUUUCCAUCCUGCGGCUGUUGUCCCUGUGUUGGCAGGAAGAGGGAAGGGGAAGGAAAAGGAUCCAAAUUCUGCUCCAGAGACGCGACCUAGCAAACAAACUAAUGUGUUCUCACUCGUGGAGAGAUUCACAUUCAGAUCAAGUUCUGCGUCCAUGUCAGGAGAUGGAAUUAGUAACGGCGUAAAACUCCCGCCAGAGAUCCAAUAUUGGGCCGGGGUGAUCAUGCGAAACGCAUGUCGGAAGGACGAUAGCAGGGGUGGAAUCAGGCAAUGUGCUAAUAUGCUCUGUGGCCGCUGGGAGUCUUACCCCCGAGAGUUCGCCAAGUGCCGACGAUGUCGAAAGGCUAAAUAUUGCGGGAAAGAAUGUCAGAGUACAGCCUGGAGUGAAGGACAUCGGUUCUGGUGUAGCGCGAAGGAUGGUGGUGGAGAUGUGGAUGAUGCUGCCACUGUGAAUGGGAGUACAGGGAGGGGUGGUAUAACCACUGAAGCUGCUACUCAGAGUGGUGUCCGUGGAGAUUCUGUGGCAGGAACAGUCCAUCUUACUUCAAGAGAUGUCACCGCGACCGUUCGCCGAGGACGAGAUCGUCCUGAUCCGAUCAAUCAGACUCAAGCUCCCCCACAUGGUAUUUUGAGCAUGCUCGCUCGAAGUCGUGGUACAAACCCCCACAACACUGUCAAUGCACCUGGGAACCCGAUCUUACUGAACCGACCCGUUCAACAAGUCCGAGCGGACCCCGCAAUGUAUGCAGAGUAUCUCCGAACGGCUUUCGGCGUGGGUGGUAGUCGAGGUGAAGGCUCGGAAGUCGGUAGUCCAGGAAGAAGGCGAGCCGAAACUGUCACAGGCGCAACUUCGACUUCAAGACGGGAUCUGGUGAUUCCUCCCUACGUCCCUAAUCAAGGUCAAGUAAACCAUAGGAUGCAGGGUCGCCGCGCCGCUGAACCAUCCAACGCUGAUCUUGAUGAGAGAACAAGGAACGAAGCCGCUUCUGCAUUCCAACGAUUUCUCUCGGCCGAGGGACGAAGAAGGGAAGCAGCCGAUAAUGAUAUGGAAAUCGAGUGA